CGCUGCGCCAGUUGCGAAACACGUCCCAUAUCGAGGACGAUGUGCAGGAGAUGAAGGCCGAGGACCGGGCGCAGCAGUCGGAGGCGCGCAUCACCAUGGUGCAGCUGCUGCGCUCGCCCUCGCUGCGCGCGCCGCUCAUGAUCGCCAUCAUCAUGCAGCUGUCGCAGCAGCUCAGCGGCAUCAACGCGGUGUUCUACUACUCGACCAACAUAUUCAGCGACGCUCAGUUGUCGCUGCAGAAGGCCAAGUACGCCACCAUGGGCGUCGGCGUGGUGAUGGUGCUGAUGACAAUCGUCUCGAUCGCGCUGAUCGAGCGCGAGGGCCGGCGCACGCUGCACCUCUGGGGCCUGGGCGGCAUGUUCUUCUUCUCCGUGUUCAUCACCAUCUCGUUCCUGGUGAAGCAGAUGAUCUCGUGGAUCGCCUACCUGGCCGUCAUCUCCACGUUCGGCUUCGUCAUCUUCUUCGCCGUGGGGCCCGGCUCCAUUCCGUGGAUGAUCACCGCCGAACUCUUCUCUCAGGGACCGCGUCCGGCGGCCAUGAGUAUAGCUGUGCUCAUCAACUGGGUGUGCAACUUCCUGGUUGGCAUCGCCUUCCUCCCGCUCAAGAAUCUUCUAGAAGAUUACACAUUUCUUCCGUUCUCCAUCCUUCUCGGUGUUUUUUGGAUCUUCACGUUCAAAAGCGUACCAGAAACCAAGGGGAAGACAUUUGAAGAGAUUUCAGGCAUUUUCAGACCUUCACAACUGCUGGCCGGCGGCUCGGAGCCUAUGCUGGAGGACCACAACUAUGGGAGCACAGUGAACUGUUUGAACGCUGUUGUGUACGACGAGCACCCGAUGCUCGAGACGGCCAGGUUCCACGGACAAUCUCCGUCUGAGCGGUCCGAGAGUGAGCCGGAGCCGACGCCGCGCUGCACCAGCCUCCACACGUCUCUGGAGCGGCCGUCCCGGUACGGCGGCGCCUCGAGCGUGGCCGGCGGCGCCACGCCCACCCUGGGGCCGCGCCUGCUCGACCGGCGCAGCCUGGACCGGCUGGAGCGGCGCAGCCUGGACCAGCUCGACCGGCUGGAGCGGCUGCAGGGCCGGCCGGCCGGCGCGCCGCUGGCAUGACCGACGCCCGGUGGUGGGCCCUCGCAGGACUCUCCGCGGCCGGCGCUCAGCGACGAGCGCACCAACAGCGAGUCGGAGAGCGUCAGCGGCCACGAGGAGCUGUGGCGGCCCAACCACCUGCUGGCUAGCGACGAUACCAGCUCCUGAGCGGGCGCCGCCCGCCGGCCAGCCCCGCGGCGCCGCCGGCACGCGGCGCGGCUCCGGCGCCCCGCGCGGGCCACGGGUACGGGCCGACGGGCGCCGAGAGGGCGCCGCCGCGCCUCGCAGCAGCGGCGCCCUCGCACACUCGAUAAUCAUAAGAUGAUGAAGCUCAAUAUUUCUAGCUGGCGAGGGCUUGGGUCUAGCGAUUAGAGUAGCGCUGCUGUUAGCUGUAGAUAGUUCUUACGAUCCUCUUUGGCCUUUCUCACCAGUGAGGGUGUUGGCGGGGACGCCAGUCCUGUCGGCAGGUUCGCUCACUACACACCAGGUCGUUCAUUGUUUGACAGCCUCUCAGUGACUCGACUGAUGCUAAAACAGUACUGCACUGCCCAGACACCUUUACAGAAGCUUUGUCCCAGUGAUUGUGACACCAUCUUCCAAAUGGUUCAACGAUGGAGCUCGAGGCAGCGAGGCCGUAUGUGCGUGUGUGUGAGUGUGGGUGCGCGCGAGUCCGGGCGUCCCAGAGCUGCGGGCGAGAUGCAAUGAAUACGCUUACUCUAAACAGUUGUGUUGCAGCCCUGUAGACCGCCGUUUGCUAGAUAUGCGAUCGAGUCGACGCUGUUGAAUGAGUGGGAUAGCUGUGGAGUGCUAGCGGUAUCGGACUGCGGACGAUGGGUUUGACGCCGGUGUUAUGGGACGGUGGGUGAGACUCGGGCGUUAUGGGACGGGUAGGGUGGGACGCCGGUGUUACGGGACAGCCGCCGGCGUUCUGUGAUGGUCCGUUCUGUUACCGAGCGCGCUGGUCCGGUCGUGCUGUUGUUGAUCUCUCCGCCGUCGCGGCUCUGAGCCGUUCCACGCCCCGCUGCGCGCCCUGCCCCGGACUGAUGCGGCGGCGCGCGGCCGGCCCAUGCUUUCACCGCCCCGGCGGCCGUGCGUCUCCGGUGGCCGUCCCCCGCGGACGGUCUCAACUGUUGUGUCGUCGUGUCGCCGUGCGAGUGUGAGAGCGGGGAGCGAGUGCGUCCGGGCGGGGCGGCCGGCGGCCGGUGCUCUGAGCGCCGGCCGCCGGCCAGCAGUCAGCAGUGCCGCGCCUGUUUUUAUACCGAUCCCUGUGCCGUGUGUCCCGUCAGCCAGCGGCUGUCUCUGUGCCAACAGCGGCCGGCCGCGACCGCCGGGCGCCGGGCGCUCAGCGCCGCCCCACGGGCCAGCGCACUCGAUGUAGGCUUCGUCUCGAGUGUCUCUCAAAGUGUGUCAGGAUGUAGUGAGAACGGUACCAGUGCAAUAGAAGCUCCAAACGACGCUACCGCUGACGGAUUUGGAAUACGGUCCCGGUGCUGACACACGUAUAACGCACACCCAAAUAUAUCAUCUGAUCAAC